AGUAUGUCGAUGCUGCCCGAGUCAGCAUACAACGCCCUCGGUCUGCCUUCUGACACGGUCAAAAUCCUAAUGAAUCCCAAGCCCCCCGACACGCCCGUCGCAAUCGCAGCACCGAACCUGCUCCAGAAUGACACACAAUCAGCCGGGCCUGUAGCCCUCAAUGAGUCGUCGAUCGCACUGUACGCUGAACUGCUACUCCACAUACGGACUGUCACGCUCUUCGCCUCGUUGCGCACUCACCAUACGCAUGAGACUAAAGCUCAGCUGUCUGCCGAUGGCGCAUCUAUCACGAUCUCGCAUGAGUCCGAAUCCGCGACUAUUCGUCUCCCAAUCAAGGUUCAGGACGGCGGUGGAGGUGAUGCAGCGCUCCAUCUCCCCGCGCAGCCGCCCAGCAAAGAACUCACUCUACGGCUACAACUGGAGGAGCGCGAAGGCAGCGACCUCCUUGGGACCUUGCAGUCUGAGGAGCGCAAAGCGAAUAUCGUGCCCUGGGAUGGCGCGUCGCUGAGCCAGAUGCAGGGUGUGGAGAUUAUGUGUAAGAGCUGUGGGGAAGUGGUUGUACCGCGAGGAAAAGUUGGGUCGUGGAGGGAUUUGCCGAAUGAGAACUGGGCGGAGAUGAUGGACUUUUGGCAUUGUCACAAGCCAGACGAGGGGCACUUACAUGAUCACGAGAACGACGAGGUGGUGGGGAAGAAAGGGUAUGCGGCGGGGAACCGACUGAAGGCCAAAGAGGGUAUGGGGUUUGUGGAUUUGACCAGCUUGUUGUUGGAAGAGGGGGAUUGUGAGGGUGUCGAGAUAGCCUCCAAACAGCAGGAAGACUCCAUAGUCUGCAAGCACUGCAAGCACACCCUCGGUGCCCGAGAUGAAUCUUCCUCCGGCCACCGAAUCUGGAAGUGGAGUAUCAGCCUCUCUCCCUCGCCAUCAGCUCCCCCAACUACAUACACCACCCAGAAAUGGAUAUCAGCACGGCUUCUCUUCCUCAUCGAGAACUCAGGCGUCCGCAAAUUCCACAUCCACCCUCCCCCGAACAAACUCUCCUCAAGCCCCAGUGCCAAACCUGACCCCUCGACACCCUCCCUUCUCCUCUGGGUCUUCACACCAGACCUGCUUUUCUCGUCGUCAGUAGCAUCGCCGCAUCGCAGCGAUCCCACGCGCGCGAUGAAGGUCUUUUACAAGCGGCAGACAUGGCGGCCGAUCAGGCCAGGAGAAGUAGAAAGCGCGAGCGUAGAGGAUGUGGAGUUUCCCGGGAGCUUGUUUGGGGAGGUGGAGCGCGUGUUGGGGGAGAGUAGGGAUGUGUUGCCUGUGGGGGCGAGGGAAUUUCAGGGAUGGGAUGUUGGGCUACUGGAGAGAUUUUAG